AUGGAAACCCCACGGGAGUUGAUGGAGCUGAUCACCUUCAAUACGCAGAACCUUUGUAGCUUCUACGAUAGAUUCAGUGAUCUUCCAGAACCCAUCAUUCUUCAUGUUUUCUCAUUCCUGGGUUCCAAUGAUAUUGUUCGGCUGUGUUAUGUAUCUAGAAAAUUUCGAAAGCUAUGCAUGUCUAGCCCUUACUUGUCAUUCACGUUAACAUUCGAUUCUGAAAAAUGCACGGCCAAGCUGCAGAGGUUCCUAAAGGAUUUUAUGAGUAUACAUAAUGCACCAGAGAUUCAUCGUAUUCGACUGCAUUGGCUUUGCCACUCCGUCAGAUAUGAUGCUAAAGGAUCUAUUUUUGGUUUGCGGGUUCAAAAGGCUGUAAGGAAUAAGGUCCAAGAGCUGGAUAUUGGGGUUCCUGUAAAACCUCAUAAAGCCUUCUACUUGCCUGCUGGUGCAGAGUCGCUGAGGGUGUUGAAAUUGAAGUUGCAAGGGGGCAAUUUAAAAUCGUUUGCAUCUGUGUUUGCCUCUCUCGAGACCUUGUCACUAAAUUCGGUUAAUGGCAUUGGCAAUCUCAACAUUAGCAGUUCAUCUCUCAAAGUCUUGACAAUAGUUUGUUGCGCUGAUGAUGAAGAUGGUUUGGUUUCAGCUUAUCCGGUCACCAAAGACUGCAAGAUUUUCAUCGACUGUUCCUCCCUUGAGAACUUAGCAAUCUCUAAAUGUCUGUUUGACGGCUUGCAUCUUAAUGUCAAUGCACCUUCUCUCAAGGGUCUGGAAAUCUCUGACUGCAAAAUGUAUGACAACUUUGAUAUUAGCAUCUCAGCUGAGCAACUGCAAACAUUGACUUUGACUAUGCAAUUGAUGAGUUUGUCUCCGGACGAAUUCACCAAUGAUGGCUUGGCUGAGCUUAUUGAUAGUGUAAGAUAUGCCAAAAUUCUAAGAUUGAGCUUUCAGAUUAUUGAGGCUUUGUUUAUAAAGGAUCAACUGCAGGAUAUAACAUUCCAAAAUUUGGAACAUUUGGAAGUAACAGUUUCCCAGUUAAACUUAGAUGACAUCACCGCAAUAGCUGCCUUUCUUGUGGAAUCUUGCAGUCCAAAGACUCUUACAUUGAGAUGCGAUCCGAGUGCCAGAGAACUUUGUGAAACUGAGUCGACCAACUAUGCACAGAAGUGGAGAAGUUUGGGGCUGAGUGUGGAAAUAUGA